AUGGCCGGAUUACCAAGAAGAAUUAUCAAAGAAACUCAACGCUUGAUGCAGGAGCCAGUUCCUGGCAUUAGUGCUGUCCCUGAAGAAACUAAUGCUAGAUAUUUCCAUGUCAUUGUUACCGGACCAGAGGAUUCACCAUUCGAAGGUGGAAUUUUUAAAUUAGAACUGUUUUUGCCAGAAGAUUAUCCAAUGUCUGCUCCUAAAGUACGCUUUAUCACAAAAAUUUACCACCCAAAUAUCGAUAGACUUGGAAGAAUUUGUUUAGACAUUCUUAAAGAUAAAUGGAGUCCAGCAUUGCAAAUUCGCACGGUUUUGCUCUCAAUUCAGGCCUUAUUAAGUGCUCCUAAUCCAGAUGAUCCUUUGGCUAAUGAUGUUGCUGAGUUGUGGAAAGUAAAUGAGGCUGAAGCAAUACGAAAUGCCAAAGAAUGGACUCAGCGCUAUGCUAUGGAAGAUAAUUAAAAUUUACAACACACCUGCAGUUAUAAUGCGAAAUAUUUCUAUAGUGAAGAAUGAUUGUCUAAAUGAAUGAAAAGGAAAAUGACUGCUCAUAAGAUUUAAAAUCUGAUAUUUUCAAUAUUUUAGUUUUUAAGGAUUGAUGAACUUUGAAUAUGAUGGCGCUGGUAAAAGAGAGUUUAAGUUCUGAUAAUCUUGAAGUUUGAAUAAUUGCUUAUAAUCCUAAAAUUCACUGCAUUCUUUUUAUUCUAUAUUUAGAAAAAUGAAAAGAAAGAAAAAAUAAAUUAAAACUUAAUAAUUGUGUUGUCUUUAUACUCCUUCAAAUAUUUUCUAGAAAGAAUAGUAAAACAACAAAAAACAUGAAAAAAGUUUUCACCAAAACUAAAUGCAUUGAAAAUCUGGCUGCAGUCAAAUCAAAUAUUAGAAACUAAAGGUUUUUCAAUAAAUAAAAAAA